UGUUAUUAUGCUAACGAUGUGUCAUCAACAAAACACCACAGGAUAAGGGUGGGAACUGCAAAAAUUGUGGAAAAAAUAAGAACAACAGCCACUUACUAAUAUCUCUAUAGGGGUCAGACUGGUAAAAGUCGGGAAUUCUGACUUUGUGAAGCCGCUGUCAAAGGAGUGGGACGAUACGCUGGACUUGAAAACCGACUUGGUUUAAACUGCAGCGCUGCUAGACUGCUGCGGUUAGCUCGCAGGCUAACUGGCUCAUUCCCUGUCCACUGGGCUCCGGACGGGACGGGAUAAGAGAUGUCCUGCUGCUUGUUGGAGUUUUGUCGGGUCCAAGAGCUCAAAACGGUCCGGGACUUCUUGUUCCAGAGCCAGAAAACCGACCCACCGGAGGACAAGAAUCAAACAGAGAAUGAGCUGUCUUGGGAUACGUCUGACUGGGAGUCAGCAUGGGAUAACAAUGACCACAAAGGGGACGAUGCCACUACAGCCACGGUGGAGGAAGAGGGUGCGGGGCAGAGCAUCACCUGGAUGCAGGACUGCGUGGUGUCCCUGUCGCCCUGCUCUGACCUGCUUGUGGUGGCCCGCGAACAGAAGGCUGUCUUUCUCUCAGCCAAGUGGCGUACAGAUGACAGUGGCAGAGAGGAAAUGACCCUGGCUGUGUCCUGGAGUGGGACCCUCAGCACCGAGGAAGGAGAGUGUGUGAGCAGCGUCAUCUGUGUGCCCUUGGCGAGCCAGAAGAGGAGCUCAACAGGCCGGCCUGACUGGACGUGUGUUGUAGUGGGUUUCUCUUCUGGAUAUGUGCGCUUCUAUACAGAGAAUGGGGUUCUGCUCUUAGCCCAGUUACUGAAUGAAGACCCUGUAUUGAGGCUCAAGUGUCGCACAUAUGAGAUCCCCCGUCACCCAGGAGUAACUGAGCAGCACGAGGAGUUGAGCAUCCUCUACCCGUCUGCCCUGGUCACCAUCGAUGGCUUCAGCCUCUUUCAGUCUCUGCGUGCCUGCAGGAACCAAGUGGCUCGAGCGGUUGCCACAAGAGAUUCAGCGGCGGCAGCAGGCAGUGAUGCGAUCCAGCCUCCUCCCCUGGCCUAUAAGAAGUGGGGUCUGCAGGACAUGGACACCAUUGUGGAUCACAGCAGCGUGGGCAUUAUGACACUGUGUGUGUUUGACCAGAUGAAGAACGCUUCUAUCCUGGGGGGGUUUCAUGCUUCCGUCAAGGGCAGCCCCCCCGCCAUGAGCCAGUACAUCGCCGUGGGCGGAGGGCCUUACACAGGCUUUUACUAUGCCGUCGAGGGAAGCUCUCAGCCUCUCCUCUCUCAUGUGGCUCUUGCUGUGGCCAGCAAACUCACUUCAGCCCUCUUCAGCGCUGCUAGUGGGUGGUUGGGGUGGAAAAACAAGAAUGAAGAGGAUCCUGCUCAGAAACAGAAGCCCAAAGUGGAGCCAGCAACACCGUUGGCAGUCAGAUUUGGUCUCCCAGACUCUCGUCGCCACGGCGAAUCCAUCUGUUUGUCCCCCUGCAACACGCUGGCCGGAGUGACAGACGACUUUGGCCGGGUCACUCUGUUGGACUUGGCCCGAGGCAUCGCCAUCCGCAUGUGGAAGGGUUACCGUGACGCCCAGCUGGGUUGGGUGCAGGUCUCCGAGGGGCGGGGUGAACGGGAGUCCUCGCCCUCCGCUCCCCUCCCCCGACGCCAUGCCCAGUUCCUGGUCAUCUACGCCCCCCGCAGGGGAAUCCUGGAGGUCUGGGGAACACAGCAGGGGCCCAGAGUGGGAGCCUUCACUGUCGGCAAGCACUGCAGGUUGCUGUACGCCGGCUACCGUCUCAUGGGGGUGAACAGUGUGACCAGUCAGGGCUGGCAGCUCCACACCCAGCAGGUGUGUCUGCUGGAUCCCACCACCGGAGCCCUGAGGACAGUGACUGUGCCCUUUCAUUUGGCCCUCAGUGACAAAAAGAGUGAGCGAGCCAAAGACAUGCACCUGCUGAAGAAACUGACCACCAUUCUGAGGAGCAGAGAUGUGGAGCCAGAUAUUUUGGAGAGUGAAGCUAAGAGCGUGCUGCUGGAUAUCAAACACCCCGCCAUUAAGAAACAGGCUUUGGAAUCUCUUCUGUCAAAUAAGAACGCUCCUGUUUCCUGUCUGACCAACAUCACCCGAGCCUUACAUGACAGUCUGAAGGAACGAGACCCUGAGGCUGUGGACGAAGCGUUACUCCAGCUCUGCUCCUCCCAGCUCAAACUGCUUCAGCUUUACACAGACAUCCAGCAGCUGCACUCUGCCGCAGACACUGACACCUCCUCCGAAGCUCUGGACUCCCUAGAAGGCAUAGAGGAGGAUUUGUCUCGCUUGGGCCCCACCCUGCAGCGCUACGCCCAGCUCACCUCGAGGCCCAGCGUCUCCUUCGCCCAGGACUCCCCUGACUCGCCCCUGCCUGCCCGCGCCUUCCUCUCCCAGCUGGAGUGCACUGAGGACGGGGAGGUUAGGGUGGUCCGCGGGGCCGACACCGAAUGGAACCAGCUGGGGAGCUUCCUGUUCUGGGGCUGUCUGUCCGGAGAAAGCCCGCUCCGCAGGGUGUGUGACACACUACAGCAGACUGGCGUCAGCCCACAGCAGCUGCUGUCUCUGUUGCUGAGUGUGUGGCUGCACAGGGAGAAGGACGUGCUGAAGAAGCCAGAGGAAACUGUCAGAAACCUGCACACGCUGCUCAUCACCCUGAGCAACAUGAAAGGUGCGGUGGAAGAGUCGUGGGACCCCCAGUCUGUUUCCCCCUGGUGGCAGCAGGUGCGCACUGCGUGUGUCCAGUCCCACAGCGCUGCCGCCGCCCUGCUGGCUGCCUUGGUGGCUCACUACGCUGUCAAAGCCAGCAUCACCAGUCGGGCUGACAGCAAGCUGCAGUCGGAGUGGGAGGCGGUGUCCCUGGAGCUUGAGCAGUGGGCGGUGUGUGUUCGCCAGCUGGAGGAUGUGCUGGUGCUGCAGACGCUGCUGUGGGUGCCUCCACCCCAGGGAACAGCAGGAGGCGCUACAGCACAGUGCUCCGUCAAAACCCUGCUGGAGGGAGGCAGAGGUGGCAUAGCUGACAGCAUCGCAAAGUGGGUGUUCAGGCAGGACUUGGCCCCCGAGCGACUGAAGGAGAUUCUCCAGAGGAGAGAGGAGAAGGAGGGAGAUGACAACUCUGAGCAGUCAGAGCAGAGAAGAGCGGGAGGAGGAGGAAAAGAGGGACAAGAGGAAAAUGAGAAGAAACAGGAGGAUGCAGACAAUACAGCAGAGCUGCUGGUGGCAGUGUGUCGGCGGUUCCCGGACUCCCUCUCCCCUGACUUGCUCUUCGCCCACUGCUGCUGGGAAUACGUGGUGCAGUGGAACAAAGACCCCGAGGAGGGUCGAUAUCUGUGUUGGGCGGUGGAACAUUUGAAGUUGGUCUCUAGUCCACAUAUCCAGCUAGGCAUCUCCUCCAUGAUGUGGAGCACGUUCAUCGUCAAACGCUUCUCAGCCGCAGCCUUCCUCAUGGAGAAGGUGGGGAAGGCACCCAAAGAUCGCUUAUGUCGACGGGACGUGGGAAUGGGAGACAAAGCCAUGACGUCUUUCCUGGGCUCCUGUGUCCAGCUGCUGCAGAUCCUCAUGGAGGCGGACUCGGGGGUGGAGGAGGUUCCCCCUCCGGAGCUGUGUGUGGAGGAGGUGUGGUGCGGGGCGGAGGGCCCGGCCUCCAUAGCUGAGCUGGCCCUGGAGCAGAGGGGCGUCCACUACCCCCUGGUGCAGCACCACUGUCUGCUGGCCUCGCUGCUGUAUGCUGCAAUGACCUUCAGUCUGAGGGUCAAACCUCUCAGCCUGUUCGACAGCAAGGGUAAGAAUGCUUUCUUCAGAGAUCUGACGUCCAUCCAGCUGAUGCCCAGCGGCGACAUGGACCCCGGGCUGGUCUUGCUACGAAAGGAGUACCUCCUGCGGGUGCUAACUGGCUGGGUGCAGGCCAUAGAUGAUAAUCCCAGCUCAGCGACCGGGCCCGGGUCCCCCCCUCUCCCCAGCACGGGCCCCAGAGCCGACUGGUGGCCCUCGAUGUGUCUGGAGCUGGGCUCCCUGCUGCAGGUCAACCCCGACAUCCUCCGACGACACCUGGUGUGUGAGCUCUACAGCCAGGGCCUGGACCUCAGGGCAGAGGAGGCCAUGUUGGAGGUGGAGGACAAGGACGUGUUGGGCUCCCAGCUGCUUGUGCUGACCGGCCAGAGGCUGAGCUACUCGCUGCUGCACAGCCAGAGCCAGACACAGCCCGCCAUGGAGCUGCUGGCCCGCCUGCCCCCCACCCUCUGCACAUGGCUCAAGGCUAUGGACCCCAGUGAGCUGCGGUGCCCCAUGGUGCCACUGUCCCAGAGCAGCAGGCUGGUGAGCCGUCUGAUCGAGAUCCUGCCAGAGAACCACGGCCAGUACAGCCUGGCCCUGCACCUCCUGGAGGCCGUGGAGGCCCUCACUACCGAGGACUGACCUGGGACGGGCGGAGGGAGGAGAGGGAGAGGGAGCCGCUUCGAAAGCCCCGACCAAGGUGGACAGAAGGAGGGAGGGAUGAUGUGUAAAGAGGGAGGCAGCAGGAUGGAGAUGGCCAGGGACAGAGAGAUAGUGGGUUUCUUGAAGGGCUACACGGUGACUAGAGGAAGGCCUCGAUGCAGUGAAAGACUCAUUACACGCUGCGUAGCUCAGUCCACUCACACUGACCCACCUUCGCUGGAAAAGCCAUUUCAUUUUAUACCAUUGAGUCCAGAAAACUGCUCCUACCUGAGGCAGGGGGGCAUUUUCAGCAACUAGGAAGAUAAAACUAAUAAGAGACUAAGAUAAGCCUAAUAAGCUUUGUUUCUCGUUGUGGAGAAGACAGGAGAGGACAGGAUUUGUGUUUUAUGAUUCAGCUCAUGGUAGCCUGAUAAAUAUCCUAAAACCGAGUUAAGUGUAAAUGAAAGGACAGGCAGAGAUGUAAAGAGAGAAUGGAUAUGGUGGGCUUUUAAAUGAUUUUUAUUCAAUCCAUCCUUGUAUUUUUGCUCAAGUAUGUAACAUAAAUUAUAUUUAAUACCCGUGUUUAUGUUAUUGAAGAGUAUUGUGAAGAGUUAUCGUUAGGAGGAUGUGUUAAGUGAGACGGUCAUGAUGGAACUGGGCAUAUCUUUUCUUUACUGUCAUUUACAUGUCAUUUUUCAACUCACUGUUUUUUGUUUUUUUUUUCUGGUUUGUGACUAGCCCCGCCCCCUCACAUCCAUCAGAUUUGAACAGAUUUCACCCUCUGGGUUUCCUAACUGUUGUGUGCCAUAUCACAGUUCUGUUUGACAUCUCUCCCUCCACUGUCCCCCUCACAGACUAGAGUGAUGUAUCAUAAAGAAAUACAGACCUUAUUUUUUAUUUAUAUAAGCAGACAGUACUGUACUAGCUGUGCCUGUAGACCUCCUAUUCUGUAGUGCUCUGUCUGACUGCCCCCACUGGGCCAAUGUAAUGCAGAAUAAAGAGGUUUGAUGCUUCUCAA